CAUCUUCUACGUCUCCCUGACCGCUCGUCAAUGUAGAGAUGACAAGAAACUCAAAAAAUGAAUUUACAUUCACUUAGAAUUUAGUGAAUUUUCAGUUGUUUUGUGUGAGAAAUUUGUUAGUCCCUACAGAAUUUCAGCGGCAGUCAUGCACGAGCUGGAGAGAUCCAAUUUACAUAGCGUUGCUAAGGUCGUCAACCAAAUAAACACGUUUUAUUCGCUACUCUACAGCACCAACAGAGGGCGCUGUUGCAAAAAAACAAGGUGACCCAAAAAAACGAGACAUCAAAAAAUACCGGACCGUAUCCCGUAUGGUACAAAUAAAUUGUACUAGCCUGCAAUCUGCUGUUUAUGAAUGCAUUUAUUUUUUAGGCAGUUCCCAAAGAAAAUGCCAGUUCCCAAAGUCCUUGUGGUCUUGGACUUUGACCACACCAUCGUAGAUGACAACUCCGAUACCAGAGUCUGGAACCUCCUCCCUGGCAAGAACGUCCCUCAAGACAUCAAGAACAGCUACAAGGACCACAAGAGCUGGACUGCAUACAUGGCCGAUAUCUUUCUUCAUCUCCACACUCUAGGCGUUCAGAAGAAAGACAUCGUCAAUUGCUUCAGGGACAUUCCCUUCACACCAGGGAUGUUAGAGUUUCUGAAAUAUCAAGAGAAAGCGCCCUCUGUUGACACCAUUAUCGCAUCCGAUGCAAACUCUUUUUUCAUCAGCUGCAUCAUGGAGGGGGUGGGGCUCGCCAAUGCGUACAAGGAGAUCUUCACAAACCCGGCUGAAUUCGACGAUGAGGGAUGUCUAAAAAUACAACAUCAUCACCAACAUGACUGCCCCCGUUGUGCAGUCAACAUGUGCAAGGGGACCAUACUUAAAGAUUACAUCGCAAGGAUGCGUCAGUCGAAUGGAAUAGAGUACGACAGAGUUCUAUUCGUCGGGGAUGGUGGCAAUGAUUUCUGCCCAUGCUUGGCUCUUGGAGAGCGAGAUUUUGUCUUUCCCAGGAAGGGUUAUAAACUCAUUCAGAAAAUCGAGAAGUACAAUAAAGAGAGUCCGAGUGACAGUGAGCCUCAUCAGAAACUCAGAGCGACGGUGGUACCGUGGGACAACGCUCGUGAGAUUUUAAAUUGUUUACAGGGUAUAGUGGAAGGAUGAGUGUACAGAUUCAAGCAAACAAAAAUCACAAACUUGUCAUUUUUCUUUCAAUAUUGAAAGAAAAAUGACAAGUUUCUUGAAUAGGUUUUAAAUUAUCUUUUGGGAUUUGAAACUUUGCAUGGUGGAAGUAAUAACUGACUUGAGAAUUCAUUAUAGUUCUCAAUUUUCUAAAUUAUUAUAAUUUGCAUAUUGUAUCAACAUUGAUUAUCUUUAUAUUUUUGUAUUCAUAGCAAUUUCACAUAUCAGGGUGUCAUUUAAAAUUGAUAGAACAUUUCUAUUCAGUGUUUACCAUUCAUUUAUUGUUUUUAGCAUUGUACCAAAGAUCAACAUUUUUAUUUUGAGUUAUGCUUACAUAUGGCGAGCAUGUCAUAGCCGAAUGUUUUACGCAUCGGAUUAAAGUACUGAUGGCUUAAUCCUCAGACUAGUGGUUUGAAAUCUAGUCAUGAACUGUCAGGUCUGUGUGCUUCGUUUUUGAAAGGGCAAGGGCACCAAGGCAUUUUCUCCUUGAGUAAAGGGCACCCUA